GACGUAUGUAUAUAUGUAUAUAUUACUUGUCCUGUACAUGUACUAUAUAGCUAGCUUGUGAGAAUCAAUUUCAAUUUUGCAACUCUCAUGGAGCUCAAGCCCAUCUUUGUCUUAUUUCUCCUCCUCAUCUUACCUGCUUACAUCGCAAGAGGUGGAUCGGAUGUUGCGGAUUCUGAAGAAAUAGAAGAGAUCGAUUACAGAGGACCAGAGACUCAUUCAUCAACACCUCCACCGAUUCAUCAUUCUCAUGGCAAUAAUCAACCUUUGAUUCACGGACAAACCCAUGCAGCACAUCCCAUCUACGCCAAGAGUAGUCUAAGGGGUGCCAAAACCAUGACAAACGGCAAGAAGGUGAAUGGAUGAGGAAGCUGCUGUGUGUUUGGUGGCUGCGUGUGAGAGGAGUAAUUAAAAUGAUGAUUACUAUUUUAGUUCAUAAUCUCAAUUAGGAGCUAGAAGAAGUUAUAUACCAUGAAAAUUUGUAUUCUUAUUAUUUCUAGAUUUCUUAUAUUUUUCAUUUUGUUCUUGAUGAGAUUGUGUGAUUCUAUUUUUUUUUUAAAGAUUUUUGAGUAAAUGUAAUUGGCAAAA